AUGGCAGACACAAAGGACACUGAAAAAUCUAAAGAAGAAUUAAACAAUGGACAUGCAAAUAUUCCAAACAAUACAGAUAUCAAUACAAUUAAUUCCAUCAAAUCAGAGGAUAAUGGCACUGUCGUCCAUUACUCAAGAGAUGAAGUUGAGUCACCUGUUGAACGGGUCAAGUUCGAAGGCUUAGACGAUAAUGAUAGUAUAUAUUCGGAAGAUAGCCAUGAUUUAAAAAAAACAGCUCUUCCAGCUAUACCCGAUGGCGGGUGGGGCUGGGUUGUAGUCGCUGCAUCAUUCCUAAUAUCAGCAUGUGCUGAUGGCCUCGCAGUUUCCUUCGGUCUUCUACAUGAGGAAUUUACUGCUUACUUUGAAACUACACAAUCAAAAACUUCAUUGAUUGGCAGUCUCUUCAUCGCUACUCCAUUAUUAGCAGGGCCAGUAAUGAGUGCCUUAGUGGAUAGGUAUGGAUGUAGAGUCAUGACCAUGAUAGCUGGAGUUCUCUCUACUCUGGGUUUCCUAUUAGCUUCUGUAAGUAACUCAGUAGAAAUGUUAUGUCUAACUUAUGGCUUCAUAAGUGGAUUAGCAAUGGGAAUAUUGUACGUAACUAUGGUAGUGUCUGUAGCUUUCUGGUUUGAUAAACGAAGAAAUCUAGCAGUAUCUUUAGCCACGUGUGGCAUAGGUUUCGGUACUCUUAUUUAUUCACCAAUGACUCACUACCUCUUAGAAAUAUACGAUUGGAGAAAUACUAUUGUUUUAUUAGCUGGUACUCUACUUAAUGUGUGUGUAUGUGGAGCAUUAAUGAAGACACCAGAGUGGUUAAUAAUUAAACAGAAACGAGAGCGAAGACUCUCUAAAGCUAGAUCUCGGAGAUCAUCUAGUGCUGGUUCUACUUCAUCGAGAUCUAUAGGAGGAGAGUCAGCGUACUUAGACUCUGAAGAGUUGAAGACGUUGUUGGAAUCUGGGAAGAGUCCUGAAUAUAUUUUAGCGACAUUAGCAACUAGUAUAGCAGAAGCUGAAGAAUUGGAAGCUACAACACAAGCAAAUGCUGAAAGUCCGAGCAAGAGAAUGCAUUCAGCUAUACAUCUACCUACGUUUGUUCAACAGAACGAGAAGGUACCAACUGAAGUAUUAGACAAGCUGAUGAAAAAUAGGCGACUCUACAGCAUUAUUUUACAAAACUAUCCAGACGUGUUAACGCGUAGGCAUUCGGACAUCAAUAUCAAUAUAGAAAAUCCAGAAAACACUAAAGGACCUGCAAAGUUUCCCGUAGAAAUUAAAGUAAAGAAACCUAAAGAUGGAACUGAGGCAGAGGUUAAAAAAGGCGAGAGUGAGAAGAAAGUAGAUAAUGAAGCUCUAAAGACUGAGACUACGAAGUCUAAAACAAAUAUUAAUUUAACGAAGCAGAAACUCAUUGAGAAUGACGCAAAACUAUUGCAACAGCAACAGGGUUGGUUUAAGCAAAUGUCAACAGACCACCAUUACCUGAGAGAUGUGCCCUUGUAUAAAACGACACUGAUGCACCGAGGCGCCAUGAUGUCUAUAACUAGGUAUAAACUUAGAGCUUCAUCGCUACCCGAUAUGUAUAGGAAUUCAUCGUGGUCUCUUUACUCUGAAUCUGAUGAUGAAAUGAGAUGGUACAACCGCUUAUUCCAAGCCCUAAGCUCCAUGUUUGAUUUCAAAAUGUUCACGGAGUUCCAUUUCCUGCUGUUCAAUCUAUCUUGUUUGAUUCUCUCUGUGUGGUUCAUCGUGCCCUACUUCUUCCUCAACUCCUAUAUGAAUGAAAUGAACACAGCAGGUGGACCUUUGAUGAUUUCUAUUAUUGGAGUUUCUAGCAGCAUUGGAAUUGUAGCUCUCGGUUGGGCAGGAGACCAGCCCUGGGUGAAUGUAACCAAGACUUAUGCUUGGUGCCUCAUCCUCUGCGGGGCGACCGUUGCCAUCUAUCCUCUGUUCAUUACCAACUAUUGGGCCUUGACUGUCAACUCCACGUUCUUCGGUCUCAGUGUCGCCAGUGCCUACUCCUAUAUACCCAUGAUCCUCAUGGAAUUGAUGCCUAUUGAAAACUUUACUGUGGCGUAUGGACUAAUCCUUCUCACGCAAGGUAUUGGGCAUCUCGUUGGACCGCCUAUUGGAGGUAUGCUGUACGAUUUCACCGGAUCUUGGGAGCUAACGUUCUACAUAGCAGGGUUAUGGCUAGUCGUAUCCGGUCUGUUUGUGGGAGCUAUAGCAUACACAAAGAACUUAAGACUCUGUGGCACAACACCUCUUUUAAAGGAGGCUGCGGAAGCCGCCAAAAAACUGAAUGGAAAUGCUGAUGUGUAA